UUAAAUAUUCAGAUGAGUUGUCAGCACAACGAAUGUCACGAGAAUGUCUUGCUUUUACUCGUGUUCGCCUACAGCUUUCCGGUUGCUGGAAGCGUUACUCCGCUAGGCUAUAAUAUAACUCGAAUGUCGCCUAAAUGUGUAUGGAGUUGCACAUGGAGUCCAGGUAGGCUAUUGUCCUAAUGAACUGAAUACAUGGAGAGGGGCUCGAACAUGACGGACGAGAAGGAUUGUGCGGACUGGAUGUCACAUCUUCCAGAUAAACUCUGGAGGGUACCACUAUGGAACCUCGCCAUCCCAGGUAGUCAUGACACAAUGACCUAUCAUCUGGAUGACCGUUCACCCAUUGUACCGUCUGCAUCCUACUUUUUGAGAAUGCUAGACCAUUGUUUGCCCUGUUUCACACGCCCUUAUAUGAAGAGGUGGGCCACAACCCAGACAAGGGACAUUUCAGAUCAGCUUGACGCGGGGAUUCGGUUCCUGGAUCUGAGGGUCGCUCAUAAGAGACAAGAUGACAACGAUCAUUUCUAUUUCGCCCAUGGAAUCUACUCUAAGCAGACUGUGAAGGACACCGUCACAAAUGUAGCACAAUGGCUACAGAAGCAUCCUAAGGAGCUGGUGAUCAUUGCAUGCUCAGCAUUCGAUGGCAUGAAUAAAGAAGAACACCUGGAACUUAUUUACUUCCUGAGAGGACUAUUUGAGAAAAAACUGUGCCCCAAGACCGAAACCCCCUCCCUCAGUCUGUGCUGGGAAUGUGGCUAUCAGGUGAUCCUCUCGUAUGACAACCCAGUUGCAGAAAAAUACACUGGCUUCUGGCCGAAGAUUGAUUACUGGUGGGCCAAUACGCCUGACCCAAAGGAUCUCAUCUUAUUUCUUGAGGGGCAGAAAGAAAGUGGAAGGCCAAAAGAGUUAUUUUUUGUGGCUGGAAUGAACCUCACAGAAGAUGUACAAUAUGUCAUGCAGCAUCCUUGCCAAACUAUGAGGAGUAUGACUUUGAAAGCCUAUAACUUUUUACUUGACUGGGUCAAGAAGCAGCAUCCGGGUCCAAGUAAAAGAAGUCUUAACAUCAUCUGUGCAGAUUUUGUGGGAGACAAUGAAUUUGCUCAUAUUGUGAUUGCACUUAACAAACAAAUUCUCUGUUGAUCUGUGUUGGUUUGAUCUGCUGCAAAUGCAUUAAUAUCAGUGAGCAUAUGCACACCUGUUUGCACAACUGUUUCCAAGUCUCAGAGCUGUCUGUUAUUGCAAAAGGCUAUUGAUAUUUGAGGCUCCCCUGUCCAACAUGCUCACAAAGGAGAAUAGGUGGGCUUCAUGACUUGGUCCAAACCACUUUGUAUUUUCUAUUUACAAAACCAGGACUGUGUAGAAGCGCCUGCUCAAUCUUAUUAAGUCAUGUUUCUAAAUGUGUUUUUAGGCUGUCAUGUAUAGUCUGGUUAAUAUGGCAGGCUACGUAUUUAAGCUGUUCGAACUUUAUUGACGGUCCCUACAGUUCAGUGUUUCUUCUUCCGGCUGCUCAGGUUUUCCGUGGUUUUGCGAGUUUAUUCAAAGAUAGUAACAUUGUUGCAGCCUAUUCUUAUUUGAAGUAAAGAGACAUUCUGGGUCAGCCUCUCUAUGUUUAACGGCAAUAAAUCACCACAACAACCUACA